GUCGCGCCCCCUAGAGCCUCGAAUUGACGCGCCCUCGCGAGUGGGGCUCAGGCUGGGCCCUGAGGCGAGCGGGGGACGACGCGAAGGCCAAAGUCCCGGCGGCGCCUGUCCCCGCCGGCUCGCCGUGGCCGCGCCGCCUUUCGCCUCUCCUCAGAGCGCUGAAAGGCCGCCGCCGCUGUCGGCACCUUCUUCCCUACCGGGAGCCGAGACUGCUUUCCAACAAAGCCCCAACUUUGGAGACUGCUGAUCUAGUCCAGCCAACUCAUUUUGCAGAUGGGGAAACUGAGGCCCAGAGAUGAUGUGAUUUGCCCAAGAUAAAUGCUGAUUGAACAGAUGAACUAAUUAGAUAGUAUUAAAUUGGAAGAAAAAAGGAAGCGAUAAUGCACCAUGGCAGCGGUCCUCAGAAUGUCCAGCUCCAGAGGUCGAGGUCCUUCACAGGCAGUGAGGGGGAAGACCAGCAGUCCCAUUCAAAUCUACCCCAGUCCCCUGCAGCUCCAUUUGCUCCUUCAGCAAGCCCAUCUGCACCACAGUCGCCCAGUUACCAAAUACAGCAGCUUAUGAAUAGAAGUCCAGUAGCUGGUCAGAAUGUAAACAUUACACUGCAGAAUGUUGGACCAGUAGUUGGAGGAAACCAGCAGAUCACCCUGACCCCUUUGCCAAUCCCCAACCCAACCUCCCCAGGUUUUCAGUUUAAUUCUCAGCAAAGGAGGUUUGAGCAUGGCUCCCCAUCCUACAUACAAGUUACCUCCCCGUUGCCCCAACAAGUCCAGUCUCAAAGCCCAACCCAGCCCACCCCUGGGCCAGUGCAGGCCUUACAGAGUGUGCGGGCUGGCACUCCUGGCCCGGGACUGGGUAUCUGCAGCUCCAGCCCCACUGGAGGCUUUGUGGAUGCCAGUGUCCUUGUGAGACAGAUCAGUUUGAGCCCUUCGAAUGGUGGACACUUUGUGUAUCAGGAGGGCUCAGGCAUUGCCCAGAUUGCUCAGGGAGGACAGGUUCAACUCCAGCAUGCGGGGGCCCCUAUUACCGUUCGAGAACGCAGACUUUCACAGCCCCAUGCCCAGACAGGCGGCACCAUUCAUCAUCUUGGACCGCAGAGCCCGGUAGCUAGUGGUGCCAGUAUGCAGCUUUGACUAGCCCCAGUCAUUGCAACGACCAGCUUGCCACCCCAAAUCAGUAGUAUUAUUCAAGGACAACUGAUUCAACAGCAGCAGGUGCUUCAAGGACAGCAGUUGAAUAGACCCGUGGGGUUUGAGAGGCCUUCGGGUGUCUUGAUAUCUGGAGUUGGAGGCUCUUCAGCCUUUGGGAUGACUUCACCACCCCCUGGACCCACCAGCCCUUCUAGAGCAGCUGUGCCACAGGGUCUUUCCAGCCUUCCUCUCACUCCUGCAGGAAGUAUAGGAGUGAAAAAAGUACCUAAAAAAUUGGAGGAAAUUCCACCAGCGUCUCAAGAAACAGCCCAAAUGAGAAAGCAGUGCCUGGAUCAUCAUUACAGAGAAAUGGAGGCUCUGAAAGAAAACUUUAAGGAGUAUUUGAUUGAAUUAUUUUUCUUGCAGCAUUUUCAAGGGAAUAUGAUGGAUUUCUUAGCUUUUAAGAAAAAACACUAUGCACCCUUACAAGCGUAUCUUAAGCAAAAUGAUUUGGAUCUUGAGGAAGAGGAGGAGGAGGAAAAAUCUGAGGUUAUCAAUGAUGAGCAGCAAAUAAACACAGGGAGCCUAGUGGCAGGGACAGCAAGUACCAUAGACACGGAGUCCCUUAAGCGACCGCAGACAUUCACGCCAGCAGAGCAAUCUAAGAGACCUCGGCUUGAAGUGGGUCACCAUGGAGUAGUUUUCCAGCAUCCAGGGGUGACGACAGGAGUGCCUCUGCAACAGCUAAUGCCUACUGCACAAGGUGGAAUGCCUCCCACUCCUCAAACUGUGCAGCUCACUGGACAGAAACAGAACCAACAGCAGUAUGAUCCAUCCAAAGGUCCUCCCGUGCAGAAUGCUGCAAGUCUACAUACUCCUCCACCUCAGCUUCCUGGGCGGCUGCAGCCUGCCAAUGUUCCGGGCACAUCCCUCCCAUCAACCCUACAGAUCUCACAGCAGCCCCAGCAGCAGAUGAUGGAGACUCAGCCCCCGCCACAGCCCCAGCCCCAGCCACAGCCACUGCCCCCAAUUCCAGUGAAGACCCAGCCUCCCAGCGUACCCAUUCCUGCUGCUCCAGCCAGCCAGCCCACAGCACCCCUUCCACAGCCUCUCAUGCCAGCGCUCCAUGUACAGAUGCAAGGAAAGACGCAGAUGCAGGUGUCUCCUCUUCCAACACAGCCCCAGACUGUGGCUUUAACAAGACCACCUCCAGAUUCUGGCCAGCCUUGUCAGCGUUCUGUACCCACCUCCUCAUCUACCUCAUCUGUCACACCAGCAAGUCUCUCAGGCCCAGUGCCCUCACCUGCACGAUCAUCGCCAGUAAAUAGGCCCUCCCCAGCAACCAACAAGUCAAUGUCUCCCAUUACAUCUCGGUCCCCAGGUGCCACAGUAUCUGUCACCCCAAAACCUCAGAGCCCAGCUCAAAAUACCACUCAGUCCCAGGAUACUGCCCAAGAGAAACUGGCUGAACAAGUAACUCUGGAAACUCAAAUCCAUCAAAGAAUAUCAGAAUUGAGAAAGGAAGGCCUGUGGUCUCUUAGACGCUUGCCAAAACUUCAGGAGGCCCCACGACCAAAGUCUCACUGGGAUUAUCUCUUAGAAGAGAUGCAGUGGAUGGCAACAGACUUUGCACAAGAGAGGAGGUGGAAAAUGGCAGCUGCAAAGAAGCUUGUCAGAACUGCAGCUCGUUAUCAUGAGGAAAAGAAGCUUCAUGAAGAAAGAGGAAAGAAAGAGGAACAGAACCGAUUAAGACGUAUAGCUGCUUCAACUGCUAGAGAAAUAGAAUAUUUCUGGUCAAAUAUUGAACAGGUUGUAGAAAUAAAACUGCAAGUUGAAUUAGAGGAGAAAAGGAAGAAAGCCUUAAAUUUACAGAAACCAUCCAGAAGAGGGAAAGAUUCAAGGCCUAAGGGACUUCAUGCUUUCCCAGAGCAUUUUAUGGACUCUGGAAUAUGUGGAAGAAAAAUAAAAGUUAGUACAUCCUUAACUGAUGAUGAAGUGGAAGAUGAAGAGGAGACAAUUGAAGAGCAAGAGGCAAAUGAAGGAAAUAUAGACCAUCAAACAGAACUCUCUAAUUUAGCCAAAGAAGCUGAAUUGCCCUUAAUUGACCUGGUAAAGUUAUAUGAAGGUGCCUUUAUGCCAAGUUUUCAGUGGCCACAGCCUAAGCCUGAGAGUGAAGAGACCAGUGAAGAAGAAGACACAGAAGACUCUACAGGUGACAGAGUUUGUCAGAAGGAAAUGGUUCUCAUUGAUUCACUUCUCAUCAUCGAUCAGUGUAAAGGUGUGGAGAGACCAAAUAUUAUGAAACCAAACACAAGAGACAUUACUGAAGUAGCUGCUCUGGCAGAGGCUGUACUGCCCAAGGGCAGUGCUCGGAUCACAACCUCGAUCAAUUUUAAUACCCCGUCUUUGUUGUACGGAGCACUAAGAGAGUACCAGAAGAUUGGACUGGACUGGUUAGCCAAACUCUACAGGAAGAAUCUCAAUGGCAUCUUGGCAGAUGAUGCUGGGCUGGGCAAGACUGUGCAGGUCAUUGCCUUUUUUGCACAUCUAGCUUGUAAUGAAGGUAACUGGGGGCCCCACCUUGUGGUUGUGAGAAGUUGCAACAUGCUAAAAUGGGAGCUUGAAUUGAAACGUUGGUGCCCAGGGCUAAAAAUCCUUUUAUACUUUGGCAGUCAUAGAGAACUUAAAGCAAAGAGACAGGAAUGGACUGAACCCAACAACUUCAACAUAUGCAUAACCUCUUAUAAACAGUUCUUUAAAGGCCAUCACGCCUUCAUGAAAGUGAGGUGGAAAUAUUUAGUCAUUGAUGAGAUGCAACAAGUAAAGAACAUGACUGAGAAGCACUGGGAGGCAGUUUUCAAUCUACGAAGCCAGUUACGUCUGCUCCUGAUAGACACACCUUUGCAUAACACCUUGAUGGAAUUGUGGACCAUGGUACACUUUUUGAUUCCUGGAAUUUCUAGACCUUAUCAGAACUUUCCAGUAAAACCAGCUAAUGAGGAGAGCCAAGAUUACUACCAUAAAGUGGUCAUAAGGUUGCACAGAGUGACUCAGCCAUUUAUUUUGAGAAGAACUAAAAGGGAUGUUGACAAGCAGCUGACAAAAAAAUACGAACAUGUGUUAAAGUGUCGCCUUUCCAGUCGGCAGAAGGCCUUGUAUGAGGAUGUUAUCUUGCAGCCCAGAACUCAAGAGGCUCUUAAAAGUGGACAUUUUGUCAAUGUGCUGAAUAUUCUGAUGAAACUUCAGAGGAUAUGCAAUCAUCCUGGUCUGAUAGAUCCUAGGCUUCCCGGCUCUUCUUAUGUUUUGGAAACACUGGAGUAUAGAUCUGCUUCUCUGAUUUUAAAGGCAUUGGAAUGUGGUUUUUGGAAGGAAGCAGAUCUUUCCAUAUUUGAUCUAAUUGGAUUAGAAAAUAAAACCACUCACUAUGAGGCACAAGUGUUGUCAAAGAAAAAGAUAACUCGAAAACUUAUAGAAGAAAUCUUCAGUUCAUCACCAGCACCAGCCAGACCUAAUGCAGUGAAACUUAAGCCAAGCAAGUUGUUUCAACCUGUGCAGUAUGGACAGAAGCCUGAGGGUAGAACAGUAGUGUUCCCAAGUACACAGAGCUCCUCACGUACAGUGUCUGCAGCAGCUGCUGCUGCUGCCGCCGCCGUAACAUCCCAGGGGCAAGUUCGAGGAAGAUCACCUAUUGCCACGUUCUCAGCCAAUCAGGAUGCAAAAGCGGCCGCAGCACAGUUUCAGACAUCUCAGGCUCCUACCGGUGCUCCAAGACACCAGCCAGCAGCGACCUUCACCACAGCAACUAGCACAGCCAAUCCUGUGAAACAGCGGGGUCAGAACUCAGCCCAGGCCUCCCAGCUAGGCCAGACCCAGCCCCAGCCCCAGGCCCCCUCGCACACCAUCCAACAGAGUGUGCUUCCUCAGAGGCUGGUACUGACCUCUCAGGCCCAGGCACGGUUGCCUAGUGGAGAGGUUGUGAAAAUUGCCCAGCUGGCUUCCAUAGCAGGGACACAGAAUCGAGUAGCUCAGCCGGAGACCCCUGUGACCCUGCAGUUUCAAGGGAACAAGUUUACCUUGUCACAUAGUCAGCUCCGACAGCUCACUGCAGGCCAGCCCCUCCAACUGCAAGGAAGUGUUCUUCAGAUUGUCUCUGCUCCUGGACAACAGUAUCUGCGCCCUCAAGGCCCGGUUGUUAUGCAGACAGUGUCUCAGGCUGGUGCUGUCCAGAAUGCUUUGAGUGCCCUGGGAAACAAGAACCAAGCAAAUGUUCCAAGUUCCACACCAGGAACUCCACCAGUAGGUAUUCCAGGGAGAACAGCAGUUAAUUCCUUGACAUCAGGAGAAACUGGAGUAGUACCAAAAAUGGCUAGUCCUAUAGGAGGCCCAACACAGGAGGAAAAAAAUAGACUUUUGAAAGAACGACUGGACCGAAUUUAUCUGGGCAAUGAGCGGCGCUGUUCCAGAACUCCUAUCUAUGGCAGCGAUUUGUUAGGAAUUUGUUCUGUGAUUAGUCGGAAGAAGACACCUCUGCGUGGGUCUGCAGAUAGAAAUAAAUGGAGUUGGGCUGGCAUGGUGAACUGUGGUGCUUCAUCCUCAAGAAAUACAACUGAUGUACUUCAGUGUUUGAUGUUGACGUUAGAACAACGAAGAGAAUCCCUCCAUGAUGUUAUUAAUAGGGUGGCCUGUGUCCUUCCAGCUGUAGUGGCUGCUCCUCCUUGCUUGUAUGUAGCCAAACCACCACCUUCUUACAGCCACAAAAUGAAGAUUUUCCGGCACUGUCUGAAGGAGCAGACUGCUCCCUAUUUACAACAAUUGCAUGAAAUAACAAACCUCAAGGUAUUGCAGUUUCCUGAGCUCAGAUUGGUGCAGUAUGAUUCAGGAAAGCUGGAAGCUUUAGCUAUCUUGCUUCAGAAGCUAAAAUCUGAGGGACGUCGGGUGUUGAUCUUAUCACAGAUGAUUCUGAUGUUAGAUAUUUUGGAAAUGUUCUUGGACUUCCAUUAUCUUACCUAUGUAAGAGUUGAUGAAAAUGCUAACAGUGAACAACGCCAGGAACUGAUGAAGAGUUUCAACAAAGACAAGCGGAUAUUUUGUGCCAUUCUUUCCACCCACAGUCGCUCUACAGGUAUAAAUCUUGUAGAAGCUGACACAGUUGUGUUUUAUGACAAUGACUUAAAUCCAGUGAUGGACGCAAAGGCUCAAGAAUGGUGUGAUCGAAUUGGGAGAAGCAAGGACAUCCACAUAUACAGGCUUGUGAGUGGUAAUUCAAUAGAAGAAAAAUUGUUGAAAAAUGGAACCAAAGAUUUGAUAAGAGAGGUUGCUGCUCAAGGAAACGACUACUCUAUGGCAUUUUUAACUCAGCAAACUAUCCAGGAGCUAUUUGACGUUCACUCUCCUGUGGAAGACUCUGGUUUCAGAGUUAAAGCUGAAGAAUUUGUUGUUCUUCCUCAGGAGCCCUCUGCCUCAGAAGCAAUUGCGCCUAAAAUUGCAAGGCCUUUUAUAGAGGCUCUUAAGAGUAUUGAAUAUUUGGAGGAUGACACCCCAAAAUAUGAAGAAACAACAGUGUCUGAAACAAGUGCUGAUAUUCUCUCAUUAGAAUUAGAUGAUCCAAGAAUUAAUGAAGAACCUUCACAAUUAGAAGAAUUAGCUGACUUUAUGGAACAGCUCACACCAAUUGAGAAGUAUGCUUUGAAUUAUCUUGAAUUAUUCCAUGCUUCCAUUGAUCAGGAAAAACCAAGAGACAUUGAGGAGGUAGCAAUAGCUUCAAAGGAGUGGGAAUCCAAUAAUAUGAGACAACUGAAAGAGAGGGAUGCCACAGCACUGUUAGAAGAGGAGGAGGAAGAAUUACUGACGUACACCAGAGAAGAUGCCUACAAUAUGGAAUAUGUUUAUGAAGAUACUGAUGGGCAGACAGAAAUUAUGCCACUUUGGACUCCUCCCACUCCUCCUCAAGAUGACAAUGACAUCUAUAUUGACUCAGUCAUGUGUCUGAUGUAUGAGAAUACACCCAUCCCGGAAUCUAAGCUGCCUCCAGUGUAUGUGCGGAAGGAGCGUAAGCGACACAAGACAGAUCCCUCUGCUGUUGGUCGGAAGAAGAAGCAGCGGCAUGGGGAGGCUGUCAUUCCUCCUCGAUCCCUCUUUGACCGGGCAACUCCAGGGAUGCUAAAGAUGCGGCGAGAGGGCAAAGAGCAGAAGAAGAACAUUUUGUUGAAGCAGCAGACUCAGUUUGCCAAACCUUUGCCAACUUUUGUCAAACCAACAGCAGAGUCUGGGCAGGACAACCCGGAGUGGCUAAUUAGUGAAGACUGGGCAUUGCUGCAGGCUGUAAAGCAGCUGCUUGAGCUUCCUUUAAAUCUCACUGUUGUGUCACCAGCACACACCCCUAAUUGGGAUCUUGUUAGCGAUGUUGUUAAUUCCUGCAGUCGAGUUUAUCGAUCUUCCAAACAGUGCCGAAACCGCUAUGAAAAUGUCAUUAUUCCAAGAGAAGAGGGAAAGAGCAAAAACAACCGUCCUCUUCGUACAAGCCAGAUAUAUGCUCAGGAUGAGAAUGCUACCCAUACCCAGCUGUACACAAAUCACUUUGAUUUAAUGAAAAUGACUGCCGGGAAGAGAAGUCCCCCAAUCAAACCUCUACUUGGCAUGAAUCCUUUCCAGAAGAACCCAAAGCAUGCUUCAGUGCUAGCAGAGAGUGGAAUCAACUAUGACAAACCACUGCCUCCAAUUCAGGUUGCAUCUUUGCGUGCUGAGAGAAUCGCAAAAGAGAAAAAGGCUCUGGCUGAGCAGCAGAGGGCCCAGCAGCAGACUGGCACCCAGCCCCCCCCCAGCAGCAGCAGCAGCAGCAGCAGCAGCAGCAGCAGCCACCGCCUGUGCAGCAGGGAACAGCUGGACAGCAAGCAGGCCAGGCCCAGCCUCAGGCCCAGCCUCCUGGGGUCCAGCAGCAGCAGCAGCAGCAUCAGCAGCAGCAACAACAGCCAGCAGCAGCAGCAACAGCAGCAGCAGCAGCAACAGCAGCAGCAACAGCAGCAGCAGCAGCAGCAGCAAACAAAGGUGCAGACUACAGUUACCACUGUGGCCAGCACGGCAGUAUUGGCUGGAGCAAUUAAAACAUCAGCCACUGGGACAAGCAUGCCAACUGGUACGGUUAGUGGAAAUGUUAUAGUGAACACAAUAGCUGGAGUCCCCGCCGCCACCUUUCAGUCCAUUAACAAGCGUAUUGCUUCACCAGUUGUGCCUGGAAAUUUAACCGCUGCGGGCAAUGCUUCUCCUGCUCAGGUGGUUCAUGCGCAGCCUCGAACAGUCGCCACACCUGCUGCAUCCACUGAGCUGGUGUCUCUAGCGUCCACCCAGGGGGUGCGUGCUGUCACUUCUGUGACAGCCUCUGCUGUGGUCACCACCAACCUGACUCCGGUGCAGGCUCAGACCAGGUCUUUAGUGACUCAGGUGACUCAAGCCACAGGGGUUCAGCUUCCUGGCAAAGCCAUCACCCCAGCCCAUUUCCAGCUUCUCAGACAGCAGCAGCAGCAGCAGCAGCAACAGCAGCAGCAGCAGCAGCAGCAGCAGCAGCAACAGCAGCAGCAGCAGCAGCAGCAGCAGCAAACCCAGCAAGCAGCCCAAGUGCAAGUCCCACAGAUCCAGGGGCAGGCCCAGUCUCCUGCCCAGAUGAAAGCUGUGGGGAAGCUAACACCGGAACAUCUGAUCAAAAUGCAGAAACAGAAACUGCAGCUGCCUCCCCAGUCUGGCCCUCAGCAGCAGGCCCAGCCGGGGGCACAGCCACAGGCUGCCCAGGUUCAGGUACAGCAGCAGCCACAGCAGACAACGCAGCUGGCAGCAGUGGCAGCCCCCAGGCCUGGAGCUCUUCUCACGGGCACGACGGUAGCCAACCUCCAGGUUGCUCGUCUCACUCGUGUUCCUACUUCCCAGUUACAAGCUCAAGGGCAGAUCCAAGCUCAAACAACUCAGACUGCUCAAGUGGCUUUGGCAAAACCACCAGUUGUAUCUGUGCCAGCAGCUGUCGUAUCAUCAGCUGGGGUCACAACACUUCCUAUGAAUGUUGCUGGGAUUAGUGUUGCUAUUGGACAGCCACAGAAAACAGCAGGGCAAACUGUGGUCGCACAACCGGUGCAUGUUCAGCAGCUUCUGAAGCUCAAGCAGCAAGCUGUUCAACAGCAGAAAGCCAUUCAGCCCCAGGUGGCUCAAGGUCAAACUCCUGCGCCACAAAAGAUAACUGCGCAACAGAUAACUGCCCAAGGCCAACAACAGAAAGUAACCUAUGCCACCCAGCCAGCAAUUAAAACCCAGUUUCUUACUACACCUAUUUCCCAGGCUCAGAAAUUAGCGGGGACCCAGCAAGUGCAGACCCAGAUACAAGUUGCAAAGCUUCCUCAAGUAGUCCAACAGCAAACAGCCGUGGCCAGUAUUCAGCAGGUGGCCUCUGCUUCUCAACAGGCGUCACCACAGACCGUGACACUCUCUCAAGCAACAACUGCAGGUCAGCAGGUCCAAAUGAUCCCUGCAGUGACUGCAACAGCUCAGGUGGUUCAGCAGAAACUCCUCCAACAGCAGGUGGUGACAACAGCCUCCACGCAGCUUCAGGCCCCAGGUGUACCCAACCCCGCCCAGGGGCCAGCCAGCUCUGAUGGCCAGAGUCAGCAGGCUAAGUUACAAAUGAGAAUGUCGACUGUCAGGUUAAAGACAGCUAACAAGCCUAGUUGAGCCGAGCGUGGGAAAAGCGGGGAUAUUUGUUUUCUUUGGUCACGCUCCAGCUGCAAAAUAGGCACACCCUUUCUAUUUCCUGGUCUUAAGGCAGAAAACCACUGUCUUCAUAGAGGACAUUCUAUUUAUUUCUGAACCUUGGAACCAUCCUCACACCAAAACACACGACCUUUGGAAAAUUCUUGUCAAAACAAAGUAGUGUAAUUAUUUUAUUAAAGUGUAUCCUUCUCUUACAGAAAAGUGAUCCUUCCUGAAAGCCUCUCUGUACUGUAUAACUAAUGGAAACAGUGACCAUGGUGAUCAGUACUCUCCUUCUUCAUUCAUGGCAGUGUUUUCUCCAGAGCACUAGUACUGGGUUUUGAUAGCCACUUAGUAGAAUUUCUUUGUAGUAAUACAAUAUUUUGCACAUGACAUUUGUGCUAAUCGGUUUGUGCAGUGAGUCAUAAAAUGGAAAGUCUUUUUAAAAUUUAAAAAAAAAUUCUAGAUAAGACGUUAACUUAAUUCUUUCACCUUAUCCAGAAAAGACAAACCAUGGUCCUUUUAGUGGAGGGAACAGCUAGAGUCAGUCACCUGUAAUUGAGUUUUCAUUCCAAAGAGUAGCCAUUGUGUUCUGUGCUUUCUAAAAUUGAUUCGUUUUCAUAUUUUUAAAGGAAAUGUUUGGUAAUGCUGUUCAUCUAAGCACAUUCUAGGUGCAUUCCCUGUAUUUUGUGUAUUGCCUUUUUAACAUGCAUUGGGCUGCUUCAGAUUGUUUCAGGAAAAUGUUGGGACUCUGAUGUCUUGGGCUAGUUAGAGCUAAAGUGCCAUAGAAGCGUCAUAGGCACCCCUGUUUUAUUGCUGUAUAAUCUAUGGUGACCUUAGUCUCAGUGUAUGUAGAGUGAGAGCUAGAUGGAGAAAUGAGAGUAGAGAUGGCAAGAACUUUCGGAGGUCCAAGCUUCAGGGGAGCUGAGAAACAUUAUAUAAACAUAUAUCUAUAUGUAUGUAGAUGGAGCAUCUGAGGGUCCAGAAAUAGACCAAGCGAUCUAUGUAUUGUAAAUGUGUACAAAUUUUUGAUACAUUGGGGAAAAAAAAUACACUAGUCUUAGUAAGCAGGAUGUUCUGGGCAGUCACCGCAUUUUCAUUUUCCAGGGUCUUUACUUGAGCAAAUCUUGGUUCAGCCUAGUAAAGGUGAGAACCUUAACCAUCUACUAUUUGUGGAGCUGUAUGAUAUUGAAGGAGAAAAAGGGAAGAUUCCUGUUGCAGGGUUUUUUGUUGAUGUGUUUGUUUUAAAUAAGGGAAGGCAGUGGAUGGAAUGUUAAGUGGCUAUGCUGGUUGAUGAUGGCAUCUAACAUACAUAUCUUUUGCCAUAUUUUUAGUAUGCAAAAGGAAAAAGCCUAAAUAGUACCUUUUCUCCAUGGGUAUAUUUUGCUCAUUUAUGUCCAGGGAAGGGUAAGGGUAUACUGGUUUUUUUUUUUCCUUUAACAAAUGCCAGUUAUGUCUUAUAGCAUUCAAACCUUAACAUUUUUACUGAAAAAUCUAUUUUUCCUCUGUAAAUGCAGUAUUUUUCCUUUAAGUUUUCUUAAGUAAUUUGUCAAAGAAAUUAAUCGACUUUGCAAUUUAAAAAAAACUAGCAUCCUGCAGAUUUAUUUGGACAUAAUCAAACACUUUUCUAGCUCUGAGUAAAUAGGUAGACAGUAAAGAUCAUAUGUUUAAAGAUCAUAAAAUUGAAGUUGUUUGAAAAAGAAUGGAGUACUAAAGCAACUCACUACUUUUAUGAGAUUUCAUAAUUUGUUAAAAUUUUGAUUUUCAAGUGAAUUGUUCACACAGAAAUACUUGAAGUGAAAAUGUCACAUUGUGCAUGCUGCUUUUCAGUAUGACAGUUUCGAAUAUUACAAGUAUUCUAAACUUGCAUAAUUAAAAUGUAUAGGAAUUCUCCAAACUUAUUUCCAUUUGCCCACCCUGAUAGUUUUUCUCUAGAUCGUCAGAGUGAACCUUUUAAAAUGAUGAUAGAAUUUGAAUGCAUUUAUUUUAGAAAUGCUGAAGAAUUCUCAAAAGGUAAUUAAUUGUUUAAAUAAAAGCCCCCUGUUAUCCCAUAGCAGUCUGGUAGACAACUUAGAGCCAAUUGCAAAAAAACUUUUAAAAGUUUAAAUACUGGUGUUUUUAUAAUUGCUGUAUGUAAUUCUUGUCCCUGUCACUGCCGGUGAGAAGGCAUCUGGUCUCCAUAUCCUUGGCAAGGAGAUUUUAGUUAAACUUCAGUAAUCCUAAUAACACAUAAAUUGAACUGACGUGCUCACUGGACUUAUACCAAGAGCGUACAUAUUUAAGAGUAUAGCAUUGAAAGGUUACUCCUAGUGCCCUAAGUAGUGUUCCACAUAGUCAUUUGAGUUACUAACACUCCAUUCCCAGUGUUCUGACUCAUCCACUUUCCUUAGCUUCAUGUUUGAAAGGUCAAGCUUUCUGUUUUUAAGAAGAUAAUGAAGUUUGGUUCAGCAAAGUUGUCUAGGAAGUUUCAGACUGUUACUGUUAGCAAAAUUCUGUAUUACCAUGCAAAUCAGGCUUCUCUUAUUGCGCUAUAAUGAUUCAAGGGUAUAUUCAGGUACACAGCAGCAAAACCGUUGUGAGAUUUUACUUCGGCCACCAUUGAAACCAGUUACCCAGUUAUUCUCUAAGAGACAUUUGUUUUCAUUCAGGUCAGACAGUGUUGUAAAACGUUCAGUGGGGAAGCACAUUGCCUGCGUCCAAGUGCUGUUCAGAUGUUGUGCCUCAAGGGGGAAUGGUUUUUCUUUUAAUAAAUAAAAAUGCUGGCUUAAAAACAAACAACACUGUAAUCGGAUAGCUGUUGUGUUUUAAAACAUACAGGAACAAGGUUGAAAUUGUAAAUACUUUGUAAACAUAAACAUUUGUACUUGAAUAGUAGGAUUUUAAAGAGCACUGACAUCCUACCAGAUAAAAGGUAUAAUAAAGUGUCCUUUUUUAUAAA